CGGCCUAGUGAUGUCACGGAGAGGGGGCGGACUCUAAUUUAAAAAAAUACCCGGUGGAAAACUGUUGUAGACAGAGACUGCGCCCUAUAGAACCUGCGAUCUAACGUGUCUUCCCGGCUUUCGUGCCUUAACAUCCCACUGCAAAAAUGGACAAGAUGACUUUUCCGAAGUUUUCAGCUGUAGAGCUGGUCAAUUUUUUCCGCCAAAAUGUUCUUACGGCUGCCGAAGCUAAAAACUUUACCAAGGCGGACCUCUAUCCUAACCCCAAGCUAGAAUGGGUCCAGAAGAUCUACAUGAGAGUACUGCAGCUAGUGUUCAACAUUAAAGUGGAAGACUUUUACAUGAUACCUGUGGAUUUGGACAUUCCGUACCCUCAUCUCGUUGAAGGCUUUGCACCACUGGGUCACAUUGUAACACUUAUGUCACGUCUGCUGCCAAUGUGUCGAGUAUAUGAUUUUCACCCAUCUGAUGUUCUGGAUCCCAAAGGCAAGCGCACUCUCACCUUGCUAAGUGGAAUUGUCAACUUCCUUCACUUCAGGAAUACCCGAUUGGAGGUCUACAGUGGAUUCUGUAUGAGCUAUAAAUCUGCUUUGGACAGCAUGAACCAGCAGCAGAGGGUCAUUCAAGAGUUGGAAGCUAAAAAAGAGAAACUUGCGACUAUCCCACCUGAACAACAAGCAGAAUUCAAAAUGCUUUCCAGUGAUAUCCAUGACUUGCAACAGACUUUAACUCAGGAAUGUCGCGCUAAGGAUAUGGCUUUCCAGGAAAAAUUAUCCCAGAAAAAAGUAGAACUUGCAGAGAAGACCAAAAAACUGAACCAAUAUAAGCUCGCUAUUGCUACAAUGAAGGAGGAGCAGGAGCGCAUGAAAUCCCAAAUUGUGGAAUCGCCAGAACAACGUAAAAAUAAAACUGAGAGGAUGAAGGAAAAUGUCCACAGAUUGAAACAAGCCAGGCUAGAAACCAUAGAAAAGUAUGAACAUUACCGGGAGAGGGUGACCUUGGCUGGUUUGUGGCAACCAGACAUACAAGCUUCUAAUAAGAAGUUGCAUAGCAUUGAGGCCAACCUGGAAACGUAUAAGAAGAUUCGGGAGGAGAUUCGACAAGAGGAAGAACAGAAUGUAAAGGAGAACCUGGAUCUGAAGUCCAUAUCAUCAGAAGAGACUCAAUUAAAAAGAACUAUUCUCAUGAAAAAGGAGAAGCUUGCAAAAACGGAUAUUAAAAACCAGAAGAAACAAGAGGACUUUGAGCAGAGAAAGAAAGAAAUUUUGGAGAUCUGUAGUCGUGUCCAAGAUAAGAGACAGGCUAUGGUUGGGCGUGUGUCACAUGUUCUUCAAGAAAUACAGCAGAUCAAAAGCAAGAAAGAACAGGUCCUUGAAAGAGCAGAAGAAGAAAAAAAGAAAUGUCAGGAUGUUGUGGCAAGCUUCAAAACUGCACUAGAGAAAUACCAUGACAAUCUCCAAAAGACAUUUGAUCGCAGCGCUGAGCGAAAACGAGAGAAAUUGGCCAAGCUGAAUAGGCGGCGCCGAAGAUAA